CGCGGCGCGCCCCUCCAAGUGCUCAUUUUCAGACAAGCACUGCGCAUGUAACAUGGCUGAAGAGAUACAUACCGGUCAUUCCCCUGAUUUAGACAACGCUCCAGAGCACGGGAUCAACUUAAAUAAGCGGCAAUCACGCGUUACGGUAAAAUACAACCGCAAACAGCUUCAGAAAAGGUUGGACGUGGAGCGAUGGAUCGACGAAGGGUUAGACAAACUGUACGAGGGCAAGGACAUGCCAGAGGAAGUAAAUAUUGAUGAUUUGUUGGAUCUUCCAAGUGAUGAAGAGCGAACACACAAACUACAGUUUCUUCUGCAAACCUGCACUAGCAGCACUGAGGCUUUUAUUACCGAGCUGUUGCAGAAGCUGCAUGGUCUCCAUAAACAGGAGGAGUUGCAGAAUAAGGGAAUUGAGCAUCCCUGUCUCCACACUUACCCACAUCACCAUGGCAACAUCCAUCAUCACCGAGGAAACCAUCAACAUCCGACACAUCAGACACUGUGAAUGCAUUUUGGAUAAUAACACAUACUCAGGACACGCAUACAAUGUAUCCAACUAGUUUAGCAACUCAGUAACUGUUUGUUUACAAACUCAUAAGAGUGGUAUAUUAACAGUGUUCAGUUGUAAAAUUCCUCAUCACUGUCGGUAAUUACAGUCGUGCACAAAAGUUUUGGCAGGGACAUAGAUUUUGUGUUUUGCUAAAUUUGCAGCUUAAGCUGUUGUGGUCUUCAUUGACAUUGUUUCUAGAUUAUGUUCCUUUCAAUACUCGUAGAAACAAUGUGAAUGAACACCUCAACAGCUUAAUUAGUACAUUUACCAAAAAAACUACAUUUGUGUCACUGCCAGUACUUUUGGCCACGACUGUAAGUCUAUGCAGUAGCAUUAAUUUCUUUGCAGGGUUCUUGGUUGCUUGUUGACUGGGUUAUGAUUGAUUAGUGAAACUAGCAGUAUUUAAGUUUACAUUUAAAGAUUAAUCUGGUGAUAUUGGUUUUCUUCAGGAAUCUUUGUCUAUACAAAUUCACAAUAAUAUAGUAAAAUAUACUAAAAGGAAAACAGGGAAAGCAAGUUAACAAGGAAAACAGGAAAGUACCAAAUCUUAGCAGUCAUUAUAUCUGUGGACAUAUUAUUAAGGUUAAUAAUGUUUAUGAAUUGGUAGAUUACAUGCAAUAAAUGUUUAAUAAAAGUAACAAUUAUUUUGAA